AUGUACGUAGUCAAAGAGGACGCAGAUUAUGUCUUAUCUGAGAAUCACCCAGACCUCGCUAAUGCCACUGCACCUCCAACGACAAAUGCAACUCAAAAACGUAAGACGAAUUCUAAGAAACGAGUUGCUAGUAAAAAGAAAAGGAAACGCUUGGCAGUUUACGACGUGGUUCGAUUAAUCCAGUCGAAAUGCAUAAAGUCUCGGGUAGAGCUUAUGGCUGUAGCAAGCAAGUGGCAAGAACAGGGGAAAACAGAUCUGGCAGAAUUUGUUUGCAAUCGAGGACCAAGAGUUGUGAACGAAGCCCUAGAGACAGCGCACGAACUGACACAAGCAGAAAAGCGAUUGGAAAGAACUAGUAAAACUAGGCUAGAGUUACUCCAAGAGCAAUUAACACAGCCAUACCAAGACAACUGCGACGGAUUAUGGCUACGUGUGGCAGUUCAGAUAUUGGAAGGGAAUGGCAUACCUGUUUCAACAUUCGCAAGUGCAGUAUACGAUGCCCUGCUGCGAGGCCGAGGCAAAUAUAGAAAUGUCUAUGUUCACGGCCCUGCUAACUGCGGCAAAACCUUUCUUAUUUCGCCGUUGAAAUCCAUCUACGAGUGUUUUGUUAAUCCAGUCUCGGGGAGUUUUGCGUGGGUUGGCAUAGGGAAAGCAGAG